AUGUUUGAUUUGAAGAAAGAGUGGAGCAUCUCCUUUGCAGGAUGCGGGUUCAUGGGGAUUUACUAUGUUGGUGCCACCAGUUGUAUCCUUGAACGGUUCCCUCGGUUCAUACAAGACGCCUCUAAAAUCUAUGGAGCCUCUGCAGGGGCUUUGACGGCUGCUGUUCUUACUUUGGGAAUACUACUAGAGAAGUGCUGUGCCGACUUGAUGUCAAUAGCCAAAGAGGCUAGGAAGCACAAACUGGGACCCUUGCAUCCAUCUUUCAAACUGCUUCAGAGAGUGCAGGACACUCUGCUGAAGCAUCUACCAGAAGAUGCCCAUGUUCGAGCCUCUGGGAAGCUCAGCGUGUCCCUGACCAGAGUGUCUGAUGUGAAGAACGUACUAGUGUCAGAGUUUGACAGCAGAGAAGAGCUCAUUCAGGCCCUCAUAUGCAGCUGCUUCGUCCCUUUUUACUGUGGUGUCAUUCCACCCAGAUACCGUGGAGUGCACUAUGUGGACGGUGCCGUCACUGACAACCUGCCUGGUUGUCAACUGAAACAGACAAUCACGUUCUCACCAUUUGCUGGCAAGAGUGAUAUCUGCCCCUGGGCAAGCACACCAAACCUCCCUGAGGUACGCUUCAACAAUGUCAGCAUCCAGGUCAACUCAGAGAACCUCUACAGAGUGACCAGCACCUUCUUCCCUCCAGAGCCUGAGGCAAUGGCUGAAAUUUGUCACAAUGGCUACAGGGAUGCUUUUCGUUUCCUACAAGAAAACAAUCUGAUCAGCAGUGAGUGUCCCAUAAGAAAUCUGGCGAUCGAUUCUGUUGUGAAGUGGUGAAGGAGUCCAGUGUGAAAGCACAGCAGGAUGGAUUGAACACACUUCGGGAAGAUCACUGGUGGUUGGAUCCGCACCUCGUAGAAAAUCUCCCGAUUGAAAUUCAAAGGGUGCUAUGCGUGGCCUGCAGAGAGACACGUACUGCUGAUGGUCUGUUCUCCUACAUGACUGGGUACCUGCCAAAGAAAGUGA